CCGGCGUGGAGUUAUGGCUUUGCCCGGCAAGUCGGCGCUCAGGACAGUCAGUUCAAACGCGUCGCAAGUGUCGCGCGUUUCCUUCUCUUCUGAUCUCGGAUGACAGAUCAUUGUUUCGUAUUUUCGCGUUCUUCGGCGAUCCGAUCGCUGUAUUUUUCACUAACAAGUGCAGUAAACGCAAGCUCCGAAUUAAAAAAGAAAGUGUAACAUCGAACUUUAAGCGAUAACGAAGAAAAAGAAAAAAUAAAGAACGAAAUAUGACGGACGUCCAAACGAAUUCAACCAAGGAGGACGCAGCAUCGAAGAGGCUACAGCAGGACGACUCGACGUUUAGAACAGGUAAGAGAAAGAGAUGAACUUAAACUAUGAAGAAAUCCGAAGCAAAAGCUCCAUCGAAUUCGAUAUAGAUAAUGGAGUAGACUUUGAGCUAUUUAAUGCUUCGACUUAAUGACUUUAAGGUAAAGCAGAGUGCACCUCUAUCGCCAGGCUUUCAAGCGAGACCUCAAGUUACUUCUACUGGGUUUCCAAGAUAUCCGGUAUAUAAUGGCCCUAUAGGAGCUAACCGUUCUGCAGGACAACAAGCACAACACCUUGUUCAUGGUUUAGAAAUUCACUCGUCCAUAGGCCAAUCCAGAACGAACCAACUUGCGCAACUUCGACCACACGGGCUUUCACCGAGGCCUCCUGGAAACCGAGUGUAUCCUCCUGGAAACCCAGCGAAUCCGUCUGGAAAUCCGCCAGUCCAUUCCCCUAGACAAAUACAAACCAAGCAAAACCUAAUACAAAUUUCUCAAAAUCCCCAAAGUCCAAGAUUCGGAUCGCCUGGAAUCAGAGUAGCAAACCCAUCAAGUGGAGGAUCUCCGGCCACACAAUCGGUAGGGCCCAGACCAAAUUAUCAAAUACAACAAACGUCGACUCAAAGAAACGUCAUUGAGCAGAGAACGGAGCAAAGAAUCUUGGAUCUUUCCGCACCAGCAUCUACAAGUCAACUUCAAACUAAAAGUUUCAAUUCACCGGGACCACUUCACAACUCGGUGACCCAAAGACCAAGGAAUGAUACGUCCUUAAACACAGGAAAAUCAAAUCAAUUGUCCAACAAAGAGAACAAGCAAUCUGUACGUCCUCGUAUAAUUAUUGACAAAAUGCCGGAUUUGGACGAGGAAAAGACCGAUCUUGUCCGAGAGAACUCUGUUCAGAAAAAGAAGACCGACAUUCGCAGUGGUGGCGAGAACGAUGACGACGAUGACGACGUUGUGAUGGAUAAUGAAAAGUCUCCGAGACAAAAUGGUAGUGCUAUUUCUGAUAGCGAGAAGUCACUACGGUCGGGUGACAGUUUAGCUCCCAGUAAAGACAAAUCGCCACAGAGAAAUGGUAACGUUGAUCGUAACAAGGAACUCCCAUUGGAUUCCUCCAUAUUAUCAGAAAUACAAGGGAAAAGUGAGGAUACCAGUAAGUCUGUAACUCGGCCAGGCACAGCUACGAUCGAUACUAAACCGGAAAGAAAAUCAUCUUUCGAGCAAAUGAUCGUCCCUAAAAACGACAACGAACAGUCGGAAAAAGAAACUUCAUUAGUCAAGUCGGAAGAUAAAACGUCGAUUAAAAAUGAUUCUGUAGACGAUAAAUCUAUUUUCGCUAGAAAUGAUAAGAUCGUUGACUCGAUCAAAGAGGAAGAAAAAUAUGGGAAUGAAUCUUCCGGUAGUUCUGCAUCAAAAAAAGUAGAAUGUGAAAUUGAGGAAACGAAAAAUAAACGUUCGUUGAUUGAGGAAAUGAAAACUAACGAAAAUAAACAUGAUAAAAUAGAAGACGAAUCGAAGGAAAAGAAAAUUGAGAAAGAUGAAGUCAAUGAAAUAAAUAUGAAAGAAGAUUGUGGAAGGUAUCCCACUAGUCCCUCAUUAAAUGCCAUACAUUCUGCAGGUCAGAAUGAUAAAAAUGAUUCUACAUUAAGCAGCAAUAACACCGAAGAAAAAACAAAAUGUCCGGCAAGUCUUUCAAAGAAUGUAGAUCAAAUACCGAGAACACCUUCGAAGUCUCCAUCACCGGAUAUUAUAAAAGAGAACAAACGGCAAACUCCGCCGAUGCGAAGUCCUUCGAACAUUCCAACCCGCGCUGACCCUGAAGAAGCAUCGAAAAUAUUAUCGAAAUCUCCAUCACUGUUGGAUGUCACUACAGACGGCAAACUUCGACAAGCUUUAAACGAUCCAACUAUCCAGUCUGUCGAACAAACACCGAAAACUCCAGGGAAGUCUUUCCCUAUCUCUACUCCUCCCUCUCUCUCUCCAUCUCCAUCUCCUUCUCCCUCUCCUGAUGUAAUAGAAGAUAAAAGAAAAUUAACUGCGAGUCCAUCGAAUAAUUUAACGAUGCAAAACCUGGAGCAAGACUCGAAAACUCCGUCAAAAUCUUCCGAUAUCUCUAGAGCCUCUACGCCGACAGUUGUAGACACUCAGACAGAUAAUAAGUCAGAAAGUAUAAAUCCAGAAAAAUCUAGUAGGCCGACGUCAGCUCUGUCGAAAGAUUCUGCUUCAGAGAAACAGGCUCCUACAAUACCGUCGAGACCUUCCUUGUCGGAAGCUCAUGACAAGUUGUCUUUACCAGAAUCCUUACCCACACCACCAAAAUCACCUCAGGAAAGUGUAAAAGGUUUCGAUAAUGGACAGAGAAGAUCUUUGUCUUCUCCUGGUUCUCCAAAAUCACCGAAAUCAGCGAUCAAUAUUAAAUCUACCGAGGGCGAAAAGAAAAAAACUACCUUUGCUGAGGAUUCGAUCAUUAAGAAGGAUGAAAACGUAGAGGAAAAGAGUGAAGCUUCUUCGCGAGAGACUUCGAAACCGACAACGCCUACUGGAAAGCCACGACGUGUACAGACACCCGUCAAACUACAGAACGAGAAACAAUAUAAAGAGACUGAAAGUGACAGUGCAAGUAACGAUUUGAGCCAGCAUAACGCUCCACCGACUACAAAUGGAGUAGCAGAUUCGCCAACAAAAAAAUCACCAUCAAAGACCAAAGAAAGCGACAAGAGAUCAACAGCUGGAUCGCCGACAAAAUCACCUAGUAAGUCUGCCAAAUCAUUACCAAGAACUCCAGAGACACCAUCAUCGACAGGGAGUCAAGAGAAAAAGAAAGUGCCAAUGAACAAAAUCCAAGUUGGGGCUGCACCGUCACCGAAUUUGAAGACGGUUCGAUCGAAAAUCGGUUCUCUAGAAAAUGCGAGUUACAAACCAGGUGGUGGAAAAGUUAAAAUAGAGAACAGGAAGUUAGACUUUAGCAAGGCACAACCUAAGAUUGCCGCGAAGAACGAUAAGUACACGCCAAGUGGCGGUGAUAAAAAGAUAUCUCAAAUGAAACUUCAAUGGAACGCGAAACCUAAAGUGGGCUCUUUGGAAAAUGCAACGUACAAGCCCGGCGGCGGUGAUAAAAAGAUUGAGACGGUGAAGCUGGAUUUUAAAGACAAAGCAAAGCCAAAAGUUGGCUCAAAAGAAAACGCCAAGCACGUUCCUGGUGGUGGAAGUAUCAAGUCAUCGGCGACGCCACCAAAGACCCCGCAGGACACGAAUAACGACAUACAAACGCAGAAGGUCGAUAUUAAAGCCGAGAGCAAGGUAGGCUCUCUGGACAAUGUGAAGCAUAAGCCAGGUGGCGGAGACAAGAAGAUCUUCAACGACAAAGAUUAUCUUAGACAGACAGGCUCGAACGUCGAAAGUCUCUGCGGUAGUGGUUCGCAGAGCCCCAUACCCUCCGGCGCGAUCACCGACGGCAAGAACGGCCUGCCAACUUCGGACGAGAACCUCAACCAGGAAUGCUAGCUCUCACGAAAACUCGACCGAUAAUUUUGCUCUUAAACUUCGUCACUUUACGUAUAAUUCACGUUUACCUUUUCCUUCCUCUACGAGAAUCCCAAAAAUACAUCCACUUACAAGGGACUCUUUCAAGAGUCGAUACUAAGCGUACGAUACUCGCGUGAAUAUCUUUUUCCUUACGGACUCGACACUGCCGAUUUUGCGAUAAACGAACAAUCGCCUUAUUUUGAUUGGAAUAUUUCGUUGACAGCGAUAUUUUCCUGAUUCAAAUGUUUCACGGCAACGGUUGAUUAGUCCAGCAUAUUCUGUCUGCCUCUCCCCCUACUCCCCCCCCUCUCUCUCUCUCUCUCUCUCACUCUCUCUCUCUCUUUCAUGCGUGCGUGCAUACACACCGUGCAUGAGAAAUACUUGGGCGUAUUUAAACGUAUAUAAUAUUUCUGUAUUCUGGAAUACUAUAACAUUAGCACGAUAAAUGAUUUAUUUCUUAAUUCGACGUUUUUAUUACUGCAACGUCAUUAUAUGUAAUUCAUUAGAAACUCUAUCAUUUUACAUCUCCAAAAAAAGUGUAUUCUAAAACGGUGCAAAUAUUCGUUUAGUAGCCAACAAAGACUAUUUUAUCGACCGUUAAAAUCAAUGAUAUGACGUUGCUGCGAUGAACUUGAAGAUAAAAAAGUCGAUCAAACUUGUUCAUUAUCGAACAAAUAAGUUCUUAUUGGACAAAUAAAUUUUUAAACGAGCGUCUAUCGAUUAUCAGAGGAAACCAAUCAAAAGGAAUAUCAAAAAGGAAACUUGUCGCGUUUCAAAUUUGUCUCCUUCCAAGAUGAAUUUAUAUAUUUUUUUGCAUAAGCCCAAAACUGUGUCAUUGAACAGAAGAAAUCAGCACAUCCUUCACAAAUGAAAUCUGCACCGUCAGUGUUUUAUGAUCGUUUAUAUACUUAGAAUAAAGGAUAGAGAAAGAGAGAAAGAUAGACGGAGAUACAGCAACGACCGCAUUCCGUACAUAUGUCAUGCUUGUGAUGUAACGUGCUUAAUUAACAUCUUUCUCGUCAUCGUUCACUUAGUUCCUCCAUCGUCGUAUCGCGUUUUCGCAUUUUCGUAUCGAGUUCGAGUAUGCGUUAUAUCUUCUAUCACUAACAAGAGAACCAUUAAAAUAAGAAAAAAAAAAAAACAAUUUGGGUCAUAUUUUCCUUGUUUAUUUCUUUUUUUAAUUCAACAUCACCAAUGGUUCUCUUGUAAAGAAUAUACGAAGUACGGUCGACGUACGAAGCAUAAAAAUUGUAUACGAAAAUGUUAAUAUCAUAAUUAACAAAGACCGUAUCGUAAACGGGAUGAUCCCAAUCAAGAAUUGCAACUACGCGGGUGAUUAACCUCGUAUAAUUCUUAUUUAAAAUACCUAUAGGCACAUAUAUCUUUAUUCUUUCUAUUUUCUAAUUUUCUAUGAUACGGCAUAGUGGCAAAUUUUUUCAUUAUAAUCGUGAGUGUGUAAGGUAACAUUUCGUUUAAUCGUUGAUAUAACUAAGUUUAUUUGGUAGCUCGCUAAUAAAAAGAUAACAGUAGAUGAGAGAUCAAUAGGGAUUAGAUUGAACGAUUUAUGAUAUUAUUAUUCUCCGUAGAAUCCACGAUCGUCGAUUUUAUUCCGGAUUGGUCGUAUCAUUGAGAAACAAGACUAUAAUAUUCGCACGUAUCAGACAGAUCGCUUUCUUCGGUUUCGAUAAAGAGAAAAGUGUCUGAUUUGAGUGAGUUCUGAGACGAAGAAAAACGCAGCUUCAUAGCCAGCGUACGAGGUAUAAUAUUGUAAGCGAGGAGGAUUAAUUCUGGAUCGUUUAGUACAUCGAACUCGUUUCAGAUUGUAUCUAAAUGACAUAGAGAGUACGAGAUAUUUGUAAUCGUUACUGUAGAUACGUAAACUAUAUUGCUAUUCGUUGCACUCACCAGUAUAAUAAUAAAUCUAUCGCUAGAAAAUAAUAUAAUUAUCUUGAUAAUUGAGAGAAAUCGUCAGAGUAUGCUAUUAUGGAAUGAACGGAAAGAAAAAAAGGGAGGUAAAUGAAAGCAUCUUGUUUGUCGUCUUCACUUUAGGACGUUUCAUGCAAUUUACACGUCGCUAGAAAAUACAUGUAUGUAAUAUUACACAUUAUACUAUAUUGCUUCCAUACUGACUACUGUGUACCUCGGUUCGAUUAACAUCCGAAUAUUUCGCAAUAACAAGGAAGAAAAGAGAAAGAAGAAAAAAAAGAGAAAAAAUUAAUCUUAGGUUCUCAUAAUUGUCACAAGUUACCACUUCGUACGAACGCAAUUGUGCAAUGACUGUCCGGUAUAUCUUUUUCAGGAGGUUCAUGCUGGAAUAUCGCAAUAAUAUUUUUGUUUUUAAAUUUA